AUGUUGAAUCUUGUACAACUGAGGUAUACCGACACCUCUCUGUUCAUCCUCCAACGCGGCAAGACGUUUGUCUAUCUCUUAGUAUACGUCGACGAUAUUCUCAUCACUGGUAAUGACAAUUCCUCCAUUCAACGAGUUCUUCACUCCCUUGCUGAUCGAUUCUCCGUCAAGGAUCCAAAGGAGCUUAAUUACUGUCUCGGCAUUGAAGCUCAUCGCACUGUUAAAGGUUUGCAUCUUUGUCAGCGCAAGUAUAUCAUCGACUUACUUCAGCGUUACAACAUGCUCUAUGCCAAACCCGUUGCAACUCCGAUGGCCUCUUCUCCGAAGCUUACUCUCAAGUCCGGUUCUCCUCUUCCCGAUGGAACUGACUAUCGCAGUCUUGUUGGCAGCUUACAAUAUCUUUCAUUUACAAGGCUCGAUAUCAGCUAUGCCGUCAACCGCUUGUCUCAAUUUAUGCACCGCCCAACUCAAGAACACUGGCAAGCUGCAAAACGGGUACUUCGUUAUCUAGCGGGAACAACAACUCAUGGUCUUUUCUUUGCUGCCAAGAAUAACCUUGCUCUCCAUGCUUACUUCGAUGCUGAUAGGGCAGGCGACAGGGAUGACUAUGUUUCAACAAACGCCUAUAUUGUUUACAUGGGUACUCAUCCUGUCUCCUGGUCCGCAAAGAAGCAGAAAACGGUUGCUCGCUCUUCCACUGAAGCCGAAUACAGAGCUAUUGCCAAUACCUCUGCAGAACUUCGUUGGAUUUGUAAUCUCUUAACCGAGCUGGGUGUCUAUAUCCGUGUCAUACCGACAGUUUACUGUGAUAACGUUGGUGCCACCUUCCUCUGUGCAAACCCCGUUUUUCACUCCCGCAUGAAGCACCUUGCUUUAGAUUAUCAUUUUGUUAGAGGCUAG